CAAGUGGACCUUCGCGAGUGUUGGACACCAGGCACACGGACACAUGAUCCGACUCACUGUGCCGAACGUCGUGCGCGAGCUCCCUUUUCUUGUUACUGUGUUUACUGCCUUCCUUUCGCACUAGGUCCGUGCACCGCACUUCUCUAUGCUCCUUUUCCCUCUUUUCUCCUCUCGCUCUCUAAAGCCCUCGCCACUUCCGGCGCGCUGCGCGCGCCCGCUCAAUUCUCUCUUUUGACAGAAUAAACUAGACAUUGUUACCGAAAAGACGUGUGUCCGUCUCGUUUACCACGGCUCUACAAAGUGGUGACCCGUAGUUUUCUUCGCGGCACUGCCGAAGUUAUUGUGGAGCCAUGCACAGCAACGAGAUGCAACCAGACACUGAACCUACGGGCACGACCGAGCAACAAGACGUCUCUUCAGUUUCCAUCCGACUCCCACCAUACUGGGACCGCAACCCUGCAGUUUGGUUUCUUCAAGCUGAAUCGCAAUUUAUUCUCUCUGGCAUUCGCACGGAACAACGCAAGUACCACCUAGUUGUUUCGGCACUGUCGCCUACUGCUGCAGAAGAAGUUGCCGACCUGCUUUCUGGACCGCCUCCCGCCACUCCAUACAGCGAUCUUAAGGCCGCACUUCUAGAGCGCACAACAACAUCGCAGCGAUCCCGCAUGCAACAGUUGCUCUCCGCAGAGGACUUGGGAGACCGUCGGCCAAGCCAGCUCCUUCGCCGUAUGCGACAGCUCAUGAGCGACAACACAACAGUAAGCGAUGACCGCCUCCUGCGGGAACUGUUCAUGCAGCGCCUUCCAGUAAACGUUCAGAUGGUACUCGCUACAGCCACGGUGAUGGACCUCAACAGCCUGGCCAGCUUGGCGGACAAAGUCAUGGAGGUGGUGACGCCAGCGGUGUGCAACGUAACAUCAUCAAGCACCACUGCGAGUUCAGUGCCGCAAACAUCAUCCUCCGCCGAUUCUCCCAUCGACGUGCUCUGCAAUCGCCUUGAACAAUUAGUUUGUGCUGCGGAGCGUCAUCGCACUUCACCCCGUCAUGGAAGGUACCGCAGCUCGAGUAGAUCACGGCGUCCAAGAGAAGAACGCUCCCGGUCUCAAACGCCACCACGGGUAUGCUUUUAUCACCGCCGCUUCGGGCAGGAGGCGCGCCACUGCCUCCGUCCUUGUGCAUGGCAGGGAAACCAGCCGGCCGACCUUUAA